AUGGCGGCCCUUAAACUUUUUUCGCUCGCCUCUGCGUCUGCGUUCUUGAUGGCGAACGCUGUGCAUCAAACGGCAAAGCAAACUUCAUUGACAGCGCAGGGGUCAUCCCCAACCUACACUGUAAAACUCGGUAUGACGGCAAAUACUUGUUCGGAUGUGUGCAUCGUCCGUUUUUCUGCAGAGGAUGCAAAUGUGUGCCUCGAAGAAAUGAACGCUUCACGCGAAGCCGCUGGACUCAAACACUUCGUAAAGGAGAGCAGUGAACAACCGUGGCCUGAGCUUACAGUGCAGGAAAGACAACAGCAAAGCAAUCCUGCAUGGGAUCCUGUUUGUAAGGCUCUGAUAGGAGAAGAAGAAGAACAAGUAGAAGAGAGCACAAGUGCAAAAGGAUUUAAAACUGGUACAUACGCCUACAUGGCCUUGGAAUCGGCGACGGCCGACUGCGCCGCCGCAGUGAAGCACUGGAAGGACGCCGUCAGCAACUUCACUACAAUCCCUCCCGCGAAUAAUAACGACACGGAUCUCUACAAGAAACAGCAGAACAUUUCUUUUGUUGCUCUGUACAACCCUCAAGAGAAUGCCGCUGCUGACUGCCAGGUCGUUACCUGCACACAAACGGCAGCUGCCGGAAACCCAGAAGUGCAGGACGCAAACACUGAUGGAGGAAAGACAGGCUAUGCUCUCCUGUGCAUGACCACACCUGAAGCACUUACAAAGGAAGCAGAACCCUUCAACGAAGAGCAGUGGAAGAAGAUCAAGGCAUCUAUCACAGGUUCUGCCUCUGCUGUUGCCCCGAGUCUGCUGGCCGUCGCUAUUGCGGCCGUUGGCUUGUUGGCCCUUUAA